AUGCUUUCGCCACAUACGAGCCAGCAGCCACAUCUCACGCGACGGGCCACCCACGCAGUCACCUUUGCGUCGCGGGGUAGCUCGGCCCGCGCCCCUGCAGGAGAUGCACCGUGGCGCAGUGUUCUCGGACCAGAGAGUCGUCUGCCCAAUGUGUUCUGGGGGGCCGUCUCGCCUGGCUCGCUGAGACGAAUGUCGUACUAUACGGCACUUCCGCCAGUGGAGCUGUUGGUUCUAGCAGGCGAAGCCACGUACAGCCGCCUGAAGGACGCACUGGGGCUCCGAGACCAAACUGCAUCGCGAGUCGUGGGGGGGCCGCAGCCGCCGUACGUUCCGCCUCCUUCCCCUCUGGGAGCCGCCGACGGCCAACGCUCCGAAACCGAGGCGUUACAGCUCAAUGAGGCGGCCCGCUUGCAGUACAAUGCGGCGAUGGGAACAGCGGAGGGAGAGUCCGCGCCGCUGGAAGAGUGUUUUGAGGGCAUCGGAGCGAGGGGAACGAAGGGGAUGAAGGCAGAGUCUGGGCGGUCCUGGGCGGGCCGCCCAUCUGGCGGCGGUAGCGGUGGUGGUGUAAGGGGCCGCAGCAGAAGUGCAGUUGAAGGAGGGGGAGGUGGUGCGGCGGAGGCGGAUGAGGAAGAGGGAUGGAGCCGGGCAGACCGGCGACGCAUCAGCGAGCUGGCUGCUCUGGCGGUGGGCGCAGCGGGAGCUGUUCGGAUGCGGCUGCUGUGGGGCACCUUGCAGGAAGCGGCGGCUGUAGCCACACUAGCCACUCUGUAUCCCGAUUCGCAGCUUGAGGAGGUGGGCCUGCUCUGCCUGUCGGACCCGCGGAAAUGGGGUGUCGAGCCGCACGAGCUGCCCCCCCUCGGGGCAUCCCCCGACGCGCUAAUCACACAUAAUGUUCUCAUUACCCGUCGGGACGUUGAGGCAGCUCGAGCCGAACUGAUGCGGUCGACUGCCGCAGUCAACAGCCAGCAGGUCAUACUGGGCCAACAGGGCAGUAGGGGCGCGGCGGCGUCACAAACCAUGCGUGAGGCGGCGCAUGGGGUGGCCCGUGCCGUACUCCGUGCAGCGCUGGUACGGCACACGCAACCGGCGCUGUCACUGCCGGCAACGACGACGGGAACUAACAUCCCGACGGCAACAUCAACCAUCUUAGGCACUUGCAGCAGCAGUGGUAGUGAUGGCAGCAACGGUGGUGGUGCCGUUGGCGGCGGUGGCGCUACAAGGCUCGCGCCAUCAGCCACAACACACCCGCAAUACCGUGGGGCCAGCAGCUCCCCCUUCACUACGACUGGAACUCGUAGCAGUGGCGACGGCAUCCGUACUUUGCCCAUGCGGCCCCCCGUUGGGUCGUCUCGCGAUGCGCCGCCGCCGUUGUUUGCGUGUGGCUGGGAUGCGGCGCUGGAUUGGCUGGUGACCGAGCUGCUGCGGCUUAGGUAUGACGGUGUUGGCACCGAAGACGACGGCCACGCGGCGGGCCCGUUAGCCUGCCGAGCUCGAGGAUUGGACACGGUGAUGGCCGUUGUUCAGCUGCGGGAGGUCGUGGAGGUCAAGAAUCACUGUCCGUUCGUGUCCAAAAGCCAGAGGAAGGCGCGGAAGCGCGGUCUCGUCAUUGACUACGUGGUGCGUGACCGUGGGCCCAUCUCCUCGGUGUGGCCUCUGUGGGUACCUCAGCUUCAGGCGCACAUGGCGUGCAGCGGGGCGGACAGCGCCCUGCUGCUGAGCCGGUCACCCUCCCGGGGAGUGCGGCUGUUCAGGAUGUUCAGAGACGACGCCUACAUUGAGGCUGCAUUUGACAUCCUCAGGGAGCUACAAUGCAGCCACGUCGCACGCAGACAGCCACCUGGAUGUGACCCGUGGGUCGGCAGAGCCGGCUACGAAGACUUCGUACAGCGCACCGUAGCGGUGUCCUUUGAAGCGGAGACUAUCGUAACGACAUCCGCCACGCCCAAGUUGCCGGGUGCGGACUACGCGGCCUUUUGGGAUAUGCGGUGA